AAUAGGUGUAUAAAAGGAGAUUGUAGUUAAACAUUGAAAUAAAUUCGACAGAGUUUAAAAAACAGGAAAAUGAUUGUUUUGGCAAUAACUUUGUGUUUGCUUGUAAUCUCUGCACAGGGACAAAUUCCUGUUGAGAAAUGUCCAGAUGUUAAAGGAGUUGCAAAUUUCGAUGGAGCUGCAUAUUUGGGUGACUGGUACGAACAAGCAAGAUACCCAACUGCACUGGAAGAUCACGGAAGAUGUGUUGUUACCAAUAUUGCAGUAGACUCCGAUGGAAAUGUAAAAAGUCGUACCCAAUAUAUUAAUUCAGAAACAAACGAAACACAUGUUCUUGAAGGAGAAGGUACAUCAAAUUCAACCACAGGGGAAGCCAAAUUCUUAGUACAUUUUCUGAAUCCAGAUGUAACUGUACCUUUUUGGGUUCUUGGUACAGACUAUAAAAGAUAUUCUGUAGGUUUCUCCUGCUUUGAACGAGACGGUGUUACUCUAGACCUAACAAAGGCUGUCGAUUACAUCCAAGUCGAAGACGUCUUAUACCUACUGUAUAAAAGAAACAUACCAAUCAAUAUUAUACAAACCAUCGAAAACAUUUACUUCCAUAAUCGAUUCCAAAAACUAACACAGGGUAUACGAGUACAAAGCGGAGUCAGACAGGGCUCGUUAAGCCCACUUCUCUUUAAUAUAAUUAUGAAUAUUAAUAUCAGUAGAAAAAACCAAAUGUAUGAAAUUGAUGGAAAGAUAAUGAAGCAGGAAGCAAAAUUUGGAUAUCUGGGAAUAGACAUAACUAGUUACGGAGAUGUUGAAAAAGAAGUACGACAACAAAGCUUAAAAGCAAGUGUAUCAGGGAAAAGUUUGUUGGAUAGGGAGAGAAGCAAAAACAUAAGAACAUUCAAUAUAGACGACAUAAAUGGAUGGGUGACAAAACGAAAGCAGGAGUGGAACGAAUCCAUUAGUAGAAUGGCAGAGGAUAGAAUAAUACGAAUAGCACGGGAUAAGUCACCAAAUGGAUGA